CUGCAGAUGCUUGACUACAAUGUACCUGGAGGAAAGCUGAACCGAGGCCUCUCUGUUGUGGACAGCUACAAGUUGCUUAAAGGAGAUGAAUUAACAGACGACGAAGUUUUUCUUGCUUGUGCUCUUGGUUGGUGCGUCGAAUGGCUUCAAGCUUAUUUUCUUGUACUUGAUGACAUUAUGGACGAGUCCCAUACACGCAGAGGUCAACCCUGCUGGUUCAGAUUACCCAAGGUUGGUAUGAUUGCAGUGAAUGAUGGAGUUGUUCUUCGCAACCAUGUCCCCAGAAUCCUAAAGAAACAUUUCCGAGGGAAGGCUUAUUAUGCGGAUCUACUGGAUCUCUUCAAUGAGGUCGAAUUCCAGACGGCCUCUGGACAAAUGAUUGAUUUGAUCACUACACUUGUGGGAGAGAAAGAUCUAUCCAAGUAUUCUUUGUCUAUUCACCGUCGGAUUGUUCAGUUCAAAACUGCCUAUUACUCAUUUUACCUUCCGGUUGCGUGCGCACUCCUUAUGUUCGGGGAGAAUCUGGAUGAUCAUGUUCAAGUGAAAGACAUCCUUGUCGAAAUGGGUACCUAUUUUCAAGUGCAGGAUGAUUAUCUCGAUUGUUUUGGUGCUCCUGAGGUGAUUGGCAAGAUUGGAACAGAUAUUGAAGACUUCAAGUGUUCCUGGUUGGUUGUGAAAGCACUGGAACUUGCCAAUGAGGAACAAAAGAAACUUCUACACGAGAAGUAUGGAAGAAAGGAUCCAGCAAGCGUAGCAAAAGUGAAGGAACUAUACUAUACUCUCAACCUUGAGGGCGUGUCUGAGGAUUACGAGAACAAGAGUCACGAGAAGUUGAUCAAAUCAAUUGAAAGUCACCCAAGCAAAGCAGUACAAGCAGUGUUGAAAUCUUUCUUAGCAAAGAUAUACAAAAGGCAAAAGUAAAGUUUGGUGGAGUGACUCCUAUGUUGUCUGCCUUUUACCAAACACUUACCUGAUAAAAUUUAAUA